CCCCCAUCAAUCCCUGGCCCAGGCCCCAGCUCCCUCAGGCCACAUAGCCCAGGAUCAGCAUGGCUGCCCGCCUGUGGAUAGCCGCCCUGGCCUUGGCUGUUCUCUUCCUUGUGGACAGGGAGGUGUCCGUGUCGGCGAAAGAGUUGGUUUUCUGGAGAAUGCCCAUCUGUGAACACAUGGUAGAGUCUCCAGCCUGCCCCAAGACAUACGACCCGGUCUGCGGCACUGACGGGGCCACGUACGAGAGUGAAUGCCAGCUCUGCUUGGCUCGGAUAAAAAACAGACAGGACAUCCAGAUCCUGAAGGAUGGGAAAUGCUGACCCCGCCAGAGCCUCUUAAGCCGUGAAGCUUCAGGCUAGAGAACCGUGGUGGGCGUGCAAGAUGACACAUGAAAUAAAGAUUCAGCUCAACCCA